AUUUUGGGGGGAUUUUGAACGCUGAUGCUGCUCAACUUCUCGUGCUGACACUUGUUUAUUUCACAUGCAGAUGCACUGAACUGGGUUCGACUCAUCAUUUGACCAUGAGAGCUGCUGGACACUGAUAACGGUCGGAAUAAAAGCGAUGCAUUUGGAAGUACUCGAUGCAUUUGUCAGUAGUGUCUCAGCCGAGCGCUUAUAAAAAAUAAUGCUACUGGACCAGCUGCGAAACUAUCAGAGGAACGCUGUUAAACUUCAGUACAGGAAUACACACUAACUGGAGCAGUUUAUUUGGUCUCAAUACCAGACGGAAAUCUCAAUAUGCCAGUGUUGUGAGUUUGCCUCAGAAGAAGACUAGAGGAUAAGCAUCCACAUGCUACUGAGAGGAACAGAGACCCGGGAGGAUGUCAACAGAGGCAGAACUUCAAGCAGAUGUCAAACUCAGUGUCAAGAAGGAGUCCAGAAGACGAGGUGGGGAUCGCAGCGAGCAGGCCCUGAUUCAGCGCUUCAGAGGCGACGGCGUCAGAUACAAGGCCAAGCUGAUUGGGAUUGAUGAUGUGACGGCCACACGCGGAGACAAGCUGUGCCAGGACUCCAUGAUGAAGCUGAAGGGGAUUGCUGCUUCAGCGCGGUCCAAAGGGAGCCACAAACAGAGGGUUUUCUUGACUGUGUCUUUUGGUGGAAUCAAGAUUUAUGAUGAGAGAUCAGGGGUCUUACAGCAUCACCACUCUGUACAUGAAAUCUCUUACAUUGCCAAAGACACAAGGGACCAUCGCGCCUUCGGCUAUGUCUGCGGGAAAAAAGGCAAUCACAAAUUUGUUGCAAUCAAGACCAGCCAUUCGGCAGAGCCAGUCAUACUGGACCUGCGUGACCUUUUCACUCUCGUCUAUGACAUCAAACAGAGGGAGGAGUCACAGAAAAAGGCUGAGAAAGACAAGCACUGCGAACAAGCCGUCUAUCAGACGAUUCUUGAGGAUGAGACUGAUGAUCCAGUGUAUCAGUACAUUGUGUUUGAAGCUGGACACGAGCCCCUCCGUGGCUUCCAAUCAGAGGAGAGCGAUUACCAGGUCCCCAAAAGUCAGCAGAGAGAUGGGAUCUAUGACGCUCCAAAACACCAUCUUAUGACUAAUAUAAACCAAUUUGAUCUUUUCGGUGACAUGGCAACCCCACCAGACAUCCUUUCUGUGCCAGCAUCCCCUGCUACCACACUGGAUCCUGGAAGGAGGGGACGUCAGCACCGUCCCGAACUCUUCACUCAUUUUAGCCCACCGGCUGUGCCCUCGGGCUAUAUGACCAUGGGUGCAUUCCAGGCUGCCCACUGGACCCAACAGUCAUUUGGUACACAAGCCUCUCCAAUGGCCUUUGGGGUUCAGGGACCAUUGCAGGUGGCCCAGAUGCUCCCUGGAGGCCAGCCUGUGAUUUGGGGUCAGGCUAAUCUCUUCCACUCUCCAGCCACGGGCCAGCAGCAAUGGGCGUUUUUACCAUCCCAGACAGUUGGAAUGGGGGCGCAUCCGAUUCCUGCCGCAGUGCUUCAAGGUCUGGUUCCCAUAGCUGCCAUGCGUCCGCACUCCUGUGAACCUCCCGAGACUUCAUCAAACAUAAUGAGCCCUCAGCACUGUAUAGAACCUACCCUAAAGAAAAGUGGAUAUAAGGACGCUCUAAACAAGAACCCCCAGGAGGAAACAAUAGCUGUUCAGAUUUGCACAAGCAAACAUGAUGCUGCACAGUCCUCUGGGAAACUGGAAAUGGACUGUUGUGGUGAGCUUGAUCUUUCACAGUUGAGAUUGACUUCAAAGUCGUCAAUAUUACCAUCCCCAACUGAUUCUUGUGCUGCUACUGGCCCGGAGCAGGACACCAUGUCUCCAGCAGCUGCCCCCUCAAUAGAGCCAUUGCUUGUGACUGCAAAAGACAGCUUAGUCAAUGCACCAGAAGCUUCGGAGGCAUGUGCUCAAACUCCCAGCAAUGAUGAGAUGCCACCAGAUGCUCAGAUAAACCUUCCAGACUCUUCACAGCUUGUUGUCGAAAGAGAGAUGUCUUCUGGUGCUGUAGCGCUCUGUCGUUCAGAAGACAGGAGCGCUGAACAACCGCCUAAAGACCCAGUGGACUGUUCACAGUCUGAAUGGUCCCCAUGGACUCGCUGUGACCCCUGCCUUAAGAAGAGGUAUCGUUAUGCCACGCUGGUCCAUCCGUCUGAGUUUGGAGGAUAUCCGUGUCAUGAUCAGGGCCGAGAGGAGGAACCCUGCACUGCUGCACCGCGAUACUCCUGCCAGAGACACACUCCUCCAUGCCAGGGCUUUCGCUGCACUGUCACAGGUCGCUGUGUGCUGGAGGCUCUGCGCUGUAAUGCUGAUGAUGACUGCGGGGAUGGCUCUGAUGAACUAGGCUGUAAAAAGGUGUACAAAGCCUGUAAUCAGCCAACCGAGGAGUAUUAUGGAAUCGAGAAUCUUGCCAAAGGAUUCAACAUUUUGAGCGGUAAACUGGAAGCAGUGGUGCUCGAUAACCGAUACUACGCUGGCGGCUGCUUGCCUCAUUUCAUCCAAGAUGUUCGCUACAGGAAGCCUUAUAAUAUACAACAGUACACAAUAGAGACAAAAGGCUCUUAUGAUUUCACACUGGAGGCAUAUGAAUCUUACAGUGAAUACUCCAAGAGUGAAACAAAGGCAACUUUGUCCAAGACCAGCGUCUCAUUUGGAAUUGCUAUUCCUAAUGCUUUUGAGUUCAGUUUUAAAUAUAAUGACCACAAGUACAAGAAGUCAGUGAUGAAGAUGCGCAACUUUUCGGGGACGAAAAAGAAAUUUCUCCGAGCUCACUCUGAACUUGAGGUAGCGCGCUAUUCUUUAAAAACAUCAGACCUGAUGUUACACCCUGAAUUCAUGUCCCGCUUGCAAGCCCUGCCACUGGAAUACACAUACGGAGAAUAUCGGCAGCUCUACAGUGACUAUGGAACACAUUUCAUCAGAGAGGCGACUCUCGGUGGAGAUUUUGAAUAUACUAUUGUCCUCAAUGAUGAGACAUUAGAGAAAUCUGACUACAAGCUUGAAGAUAUCAAGAAAUGUGUACAAGUUGGGCUUAAAGUUGGAGCCCUAAUUCAGGGGGUGUAUUUGGGGGCAGGAUUUUCAAUUGGUGGCUGUAAAGGUCUACUGGACGAGCUUGGAGAUUCCAGUAAAACGGGGGAAAUGGUGGAAGAUGUGUUUAUUGUGGUCAGAGGUGGUGACAGUGAAACAGUCUCCCGUCUAGCGGCAAAACAGCUGCCAACUCCAGACAUCAUGCAGCUGUGGGGCGAUGCUGUGUUCUACAAUCCAGAUUUUAUUAGCAAAAAGAUAGAACCCCUCCAUGAGUUGGUGCCGUCCCGUGACCCAAAUGCUAACAUCCUGAAGAAAAACCUGAAAAGAGCUCUGUCAGAGUACCUGAAAGAAACCAGCUCCUGUCGCUGCUCGCCCUGUCACAAUAACGGCAUAGCAGUGCUCAAAGGCACAAGGUGUGUUUGUAUUUGCCCAGCUGGUUUCAGAGGAGUGAGCUGUGAGAUAACCAAACGAAAAGCAUCGGCAGUAGAUGGCAGUUGGAGCUGCUGGUCUUCAUGGUCCUCCUGCUCACGAAAAACCCAGAAACGCACCCGUCAGUGUAACAAUCCAACGCCUCAGACGGGUGGAGUAACAUGCCCUGGGCCAGAAGAGGAAUCAGCUGAUUGCUUCUAAAAUAUCUGCCAUUUGUCUGUUUCACAAUUAACAGUAAUACUGUUAAAACAAUUUAUAGCAUUGUUUUGAAAUGGAUAAUACAUAAUGACAAAUAUGGUGGGCAUAUGCACGUAAACAAUUUUCUUUAACCAGAGUUGUAAUAAAUGGAAAAAUAGAUAAAAAAAUGUUGAAUGCAUAGAAAAUGCUUCCAUUAUAUCAUUUGAAAAUAUGUCCAGGCAAAAUUAUGCCUUAAAACCAAAAGAGAUUAUAUAAAAAUAUAUUUU